UGCCCUGCCGAAGCCAAGCCUGGCUAAGCCGCCAAGCAGCAGUAUUUACAAUGUACUAGAAUACAGUUGAUACCGACGCAAAGUAGCGUCGUUGUGUUUGAAGUGUUUGUUGAUCGUUUAAACGCGAAAAAGCGUUGAGGCCCGCAUUUAAACUGGCCAGAUAUACCACACUGACUUUCUCGUGCUUUGUGAGAGGUCGUGUUUUUCAUCGCAUUGUCUACGCAUCUUCUUGAGGCUUCGACAUGAGCGGAUCUGAUGAGAACGCGCAGUGUUCAAACACAUCUGCCAGUGAAAUCGAGGACCAGCAGAGCUCGAAUAAAUUACUGGACAAGCUCCUGCAGGAGUAUGAAGAGAAGUUCAAGUACAGAUACACUGACCAAGAUUCUAAAUACAUGGAUGUUGUCAACAAGCCACUGCCACCGCCUCCUGUUGUCUAUCCUUGGUUUGUGCAGAAUAGGAGAUCUUACGACAGAAGAGACAACCGCCAGGAGGGUUACAGUCAUGGCAGGGGCGACAGGAAUAACAGCUGGCACAGAGGAGGGAGGCAGUGGGAGGAUCGACGCAGAGGCUACCAAGACUAUGGUGGUGGUCACCGUGGUUACAGAGACCGUGAGGACCACAGGCAGGAAUCACGUGACAACUACUCAUACCAGCAAAGGCCAAGGAGAGACUACUGAUCUCAAAGUGUGAAUGUGAAAUGAAUGUCAUUGUGUCUGAAAGUCUCAUGCAAUAAACAUUUUCCUCAAAGAUUUUCACCGCACUGAAACUGGGUGCUUGCAAGACUGUGAUGGGAUCAUUCACUGGCCAUAGCAUUCUAUGAACCUAGCGGCCGCCUGCAGAUCACAAUUCAUACUCAAAAAGCAACGAACAGAUAUGUUCAAUCAUUGGAUAUAAAAUAUAUAUCGCCAAUAUCACUGUGUAACAAAUGUAUGCUUAUGACAGAUAAAAUAAAGGUGUUCUUGUGUAGGAUGCAA